AUGGAAUGCACAACCCCCGAAGGCUCAUGGCACGUCGACUACCGCGACACAGCAUUCAUCUACUUCGGCGGCCUGCCCUACGAGCUCACCGAAGGCGACGUCAUCACCAUAUUCUCCCAGUUCGGCGAGCCCGUCUUCCUCAAGCUCGCGCGGGACAAGGAGACCGGAAAAUCCAAAGGCUUCGGCUGGCUCAAGUACGAAGACCAGCGCAGCACAGACCUAGCGGUCGAUAACCUUGGCGGUGCCGACAUCGCCGGACGGAUAAUCAGCGUCGACCACGCGAGGUACAAGCCGCGCGAUGACGAGGACCCGGAGGAAUUCGACGUCAGCUGGCAGGCUAUGAUGCGCAAGGAGGGCAAGGUGGAGGAAGUGGAGGAGAGUGAGGAGGAGGCAAGGCCAAUGUUGCAGGAGGAGAGGGAGUUGGCGAUUUUGAUGAGGGACCAUGAUGACGAUGAUCCUAUGAAGGGGUUUUUGGUGGAUGAGAAAAAGAAGGAGGUUGAGGAGGCGAGGAGGAGGGCGGAGAAGAAGAGCAGGCAUGAUAAGCAUAGGCAUAGACAUAGGGAGGGUGGUGAGGAUGAGAGGCGAGAUAGGCGGCAUAGAGAAAAGGAUAGGGAUAGGGAGUCGCGGAGGCAUAGGGAUGGAUCGCGGGAUCGCGAGCGGAGAAGUCAUAGGGAUCGCGAUGAUGACGACCGAGACAGACGGAGGGAAAGGAGGGGUGAUGAUGAUUAUAAAGAGUCACGGAAGGAUGGGGACUAUGAUCGGAAAAGACGGCAUCGGGAUAGAUCCCAAGAAUCAAGACACAAAAGCAGGAGGGAUGAUGACAGAAGACGGCGGCGGAGUAGGAGUCGCUCGCCACGACAUGACGAAAAGUAA